CCCUGCAGCCGCUGAUAAUAACAUCAGCGCUAUCAUGUUGGUGUGCAGUGUCGCUGGUGCUGAGCCCCGCAGUUAAUGGAGUGGAAUGGGGGUGCAGCGCUGGCUAUAAUAAUAAUUACAUUGGCGAGGUCGCCUUACAAUCGAUGCUAGUCCUUAAUACACAUACGAUCACAAACAUUAGUACCGCGCCCUGGCACAACCGUGGUUGGACGGAUUUAUCGUGGAUAACUGUCACCAGUGGGGAGGAUUCUGUAGCGCUGUACCCUGCACAGUACUGCGAAUAUGUGUUUGUGGGCUGUAAAAAUGCAUUCCUUAUUUGCUUCAGAUAUUCUUUUAUGAGAAAUACCCAACUACUAAAACAUCAGGAGAUUUGGCAACCUUGGACAGCAUGGCAGGUUUUAAGCGAGGAUAUGAUGGGAAGAUAGCUGGACUUUAUGACUUGGAUAAAACCUUAGGUAGAGGACAUUUCGCUGUAGUUAAACUUGCUCGACAUGUUUUUACAGGGGAGAAGGUAGCAGUGAAAGUAAUAGAUAAGACUAAAUUAGACUCUCUAGCCACAGGUCAUCUUUUUCAAGAGGUGAGAUGCAUGAAACUCGUACAACAUCCUAACAUAGUUCGCCUAUAUGAAGUAAUUGAUACACAGACCAAACUAUAUCUUAUCUUGGAAUUAGGAGAUGGAGGCGAUAUGUAUGAUUAUAUCAUGAAGCAUGAAGAAGGUCUUAGUGAAGAUCUGGCCAAGAAAUAUUUUGCUCAAAUAGUUCAUGCAAUAUCCUACUGCCACAAGCUUCAUGUUGUCCAUCGGGACCUUAAACCAGAGAACGUGGUCUUCUUUGAGAAGCAGGGACUUGUGAAGCUGACUGAUUUUGGCUUCAGCAACAAGUUCCAGCCUGGGAAGAAGCUGACAACAAGCUGUGGAUCACUUGCUUAUUCUGCUCCAGAAAUACUGCUUGGUGAUGAGUAUGAUGCUCCAGCAGUAGAUAUUUGGAGUCUGGGUGUUAUCCUGUUCAUGUUGGUAUGUGGAACUCCCCCUUUCCAAGAAGCAAAUGACAGUGAAACACUGACUAUGAUCAUGGAUUGCAAAUAUACGGUGCCCAUUCAUGUAUCCAAAGAGUGCAAAGACCUGAUUACUCGCAUGUUGCAGAGAGAUCCUAAACGAAGAGCAUCUCUGGAAGAAAUUGAGAACCAUGCGUGGCUUCAAGGAGUUGACCCAUCACCGGCAACAAAAUAUAAUAUCCCUCUGGUAUCCUACAAAAACUUAUCUGAAGAAGAACAUAACAGCAUUAUACAACGAAUGGUUCUGGGUGACAUAGCAGACAGAGACGCCAUUGUUGAUGCCUUGGAAACCAACAAAUACAACCACAUUACAGCUACUUACUUCUUGCUUGCUGAGCGGAUUCUGAGAGAAAAACAAGAAAAAGAAAUACAAGCAAGAUCUGCCAGUCCCAGUAAUAUCAAGGCGCAAUUCAGGCAAUCCUGGCCAACAAAGAUAGACGUGCCUCAAGAUUUAGAGGAUGACUUGACAGCUUCUCCCAUAGCUCAUGUUGCGGUUCCACCUUCACCAGCUCGCAGCACAGAGAGUGUACUUAAUGGGCAUAGAAACAGAGGUCUUAUGGAGCCAUUAAAAAAAGAGGAUGUUCCUGAUUUUUCUGGCCCUACAGUUUCAGGACCACAAGCUUUAAGCCUGAAGCCAACAACAAGCGGGAGAAAAUGCCUCUUUAGAGUUGAGGAAGAUGAAGAGGAAGACGAAGAAGAAAAGAAACCUAUCCCUCUCUCAACGCAAGUCGUCUUACGACGCAAGCCCUCUGUUACAAACCGCCUCACCUCCCGGAAGAGUGCACCUGUUCUCAACCAAAUAUUUGAAGAAGGCGAAUCAGAUGAUGAAUUUGACAUGGACGAAAAUCUCCCUCCAAAGUUGAGUAGAUUAAAAAUGAAUAUUGCAUCUCCUGGUACUGUACACAAAAGAUACCACCGAAGGAAAAGCCAAGGUCGGGGAUCAAGCUGUAGCAGCUCUGAAACAAGUGAUGAUGACUCUGAAAGCAGACGACGGCUUGAUAAAGAUAGUGGGUUUACAUAUUCCUGGCACAGACGAGACAGCAGUGAAGGUCCACCUGGAAAUCAAGGGGAUGGUGGUGGCCAAAGUAAACCAAGUAAUGGUAGUGCUGGUGUUGAUAAAACUAGCCCCAGUGAUAACAAAGGAGGAGGUAGUCCCUCCAAUACAUCAGGUGGCAACACCGGUAACACAUCUGGGUCUGCACGCAACUGUUCUGGAAAUCCAGUGCAGCAAUCGCCUAGAAAUGCAGGUGAACUUGUAGAAAGUCUGAAACUAAUGAGUCUAUGCUUGGGUUCUCAACUACACAACGGAGCCAAGUAUAUAAUCGACCAUCAGAAUAAUCUAUCCUUUUCCAGCGUCAAAGUCCAGGAGAAAUCCAGCUGGAAGAUGUGCAUUAGCUCUAGUGGUAGUGCCAGUAAAGCUGUACCCACAGGCAGCAUAAAAUUAUUCUCUGACAAAAUGUCAGACAGUGCUAGAGAACUAGAACUCUUGAAGAACAAGAAUUUUAAAAAUAAUGUAUUACAGCUACCUCUUUGUGAAAAAACAAUAUCUGUGAAUAUCCAGAGGAAUCCCAAGGAGGGACUUCUGUGUACCGCUAGCCAGACCAAUUGUUGUCAUGUGAUUUAACCAUGGAUUGAUGUUCUGAGAAACUUGACGGCAUUCUUCAUGUUCAUGGCUGUGAUAUGUUUUCUUUGUAUUCCAUUUUAUCGUCUUAAUGUUUUUUUUUUUUCUGUCUUUUUUAUGUGGGCUUUAAUAGCAAUUUAUUUAUUACUGUUUUAAUUUUGUGUUUGCUAGAUAGAUUAGCAGUGCAUUAUAUUUAUGCCUGCUACUAGCUGAUACAUAUUUUCUUGAAGCUGAUUUAAAAAUAUUUUUAUUGUAUAAAAUUCACAUUUUAUUAUAAAAAAUAAUCAAAAACACACAAAAAAAAUCUGGAUCUGUAACUUAAAACAUACUGUGUGAGGAGCACUUUGAAAUCUCUUAUUUCAGCACUUAAAGUAAGAAAACGUUGCUUUUCUUACAACCUUUUAAUUCCAGUCUUGUUUCUGUGAUUGUGGCAUACUUGUGUGUGUCUGAGGUAGAACCAAAGCAAUAAUGUUUUAAAGUUUAAACUCCUAAUGGAGUUUUUCAGAAAUUCCAAGGCUUGCACAAAAUAAAGAUGCACUGAAUUGCAGUGUUCCAAAUAGUCAUGUCCUGUGCUUGAAUUUAAACAGGUACUGACACUGAAAUUUAUUGUGAAGACUAUAGAAAUUACGCUAUUCCACUUUCAACUUUGGAGUUUUUCUGAUUUGAAAAAUAAAUAAUAAUAAUGGCACAAAAGUAAGCAAAUGUUGCCAAGGAUUUUCUGAUCUUCGUUUCUGUUAGUAAGCAAUGACAAAUCUCAGAGUGUAGUAGAAAAAUUAAAAAUUCAAGUGUGCCUUUGGAGUCUUGAUCAUUAACAAACCUAUCAAAUCAGGAAAACUCAAGGGUGUGAAGAAUAUAAAAAAUUCUUCAACCUCAAGUCUAAGUGUUUGUGUCAGUAUCCGUUUAAAUAAAGGAAACUUAAUAUGAAAAUAUUUUUAACAAAUUUAACUUAUGUGAUUGGUUAAUUCUGUUUGGGUUUUCUUUGGUUUGUUUUUUGGCUUGGGUUCAUGUCAUUUACAUGCUAUGUAUGUCCGUUAAUUUUAUCCUGUUUACAUUUAGGAUUAAUUAAGCUAUUUGCCUUUUAUACUAGCUCCGAAGUAUUGAAAGAGGGAAAUGAGGCUUUUCCUUUUCCCUUUCAUUUUUUAUUUUCGUUUUAUAUUAUCCAUUUCCCAGAAUCCAUAGUUCUAUCAAUGUUGCAGCUUUCUAUCAUUUAUUAUAUAUAGUAAGGAAAGUUAUAAUGGCUUUCAAAAAGCAUUAACAGAUGUCUAAUGUAUUGUUUAAAUUAAAGGGACAUUAGACCCAAAAAAUUUCUUUCAAUUUAUUUUCAUUUUCAUGUUAGUCUUUGUUGAAGAGAUACCUAGGUAGGUAGCGUGCACAUGCCUGAAGCACUACACAACAGGAAAUAGUGCUGCCAUCUAGUGCCCCUGCUAAUGUAAAACAUUGAUGCAAAACUGCUGCUAUGUAGUGCUGCAGACUCGUGCACACUCUUGAGCUUACAUUUCUGCUUUUCCACAAAGGAUAACAAGAAAACUAAGAUUUGAUAAUAGAAGUAAAUUAGAAAGUUGUUUAAAAUUGUAUGUUCUAUGUAAAUCAUGAAAGAAAAAAAUUGGGUUUUAUGUCCCUUUUAAGGUUCAUCCACUCACUUUUCUGUUUUCUGAAAAUAUCCACAAUUCCAGAACUGCCCCUCAUUUUUAGUCAUUGUACAUAUUUCUUUAGUGCUGAGGGGUAAAUAAAUAAGCUGUUCAUCUAUCAUUACAUACUGUAUAGAAGUCUGACCAAAACCAAUCUGUCUAAUGUAUUGAAUUGUGUCCUACAAGCCUUUGUUCGCAUUUCAGCUAUAAAAGGGAUAGCCAUUUCUUUUCCCUGGUUUCCGAGCAGGCCACGUGCAUUUAUCCUGUUUACAAGGCGUUCUAAUAUUUUAUUACGCACGCUAGUACAACAAGAAUGGAUCUGGUCAAAUGUAGCACCACUGCAAUCUUCAGAGGCACCUUAACCAUGUGUUCUGCCCUGUUUAUGUCCUUGUUGGUUAGAAAAAAUAUGUACGUAAAAAACACAAAUAACAAGACUACCAAAGAGCAUUAACUUGGAACAAAAUUAUGUAGUUAUACACUGGUUCUCCUAAACUGCAUCUUUUUCCAGCUUUUUUUGUUGAUAUAUAUUUUUUUUAAUUCUAUUAGCGUGUAACACUGACACUUGUACAGCUGUAUUGAAUAUAAAGGGUUCAUUAACCAAACAUCUUCAAUCAAUUUAACACUGCUUUUUACUUAAAGCUUUGUUUGACUUCUAUUUAUUAAUUUAAUGCAAUAUUUUUGAGACACAGUGAAGCCAUAGAACAUAUUUAGCUUCAAAUCCUUAACCAGGGAUUUUGUAAAUGAACAGAGGAGAUCUAACAUAUUAAACUGUAAUGUAUGAUAUAAGCAUUUUUUUUUCCCAAAGGGGCAUUGGCAAUAAAUUAUGUUGCAGCUGUUUUUUUUUUUUUUCCCUCAAGCUUUGUAAAUAAUGUUAAUGUGCAGCCUUGGAAUGACAUUUUAAUCCCACGUGUCUGCUGAUUCAAACUGUUUAUAUGUAUAUAUACAUAUGUAUAUAUGGUGCUCAAUUAUGAAUGGCUGUGUUGAUGAUUUAUGCUGCAUAUAGAUGUAAAAUAGCCUUAUUAGAUAAGUAUGGUUGGACAUACAGCGGUUGUCCAUAAGCGAAUGAUAUGCAUGUGUCUGUUAUGUUCUUUUGCCCUCAAAAUAAAGGGAGAAGAUGACCACUACAUUUAACAUAUUGGACCAAACUAUUAAUGUGCUCUAAACCUUUUGCAUACCCUCCUUAUAUCUUGUCUUCAGAAGUUGCAUAUAGUUACAUUAGUGUGCAAAUUAAAUAUUGUGAGAAGCAACUUACUCUUGUAUUUUUCUGUAUGUGUAUAUGAUGUAACUGGCAACGUUAUGUAGAUGAAGAUCUGGUUAUUUUUUUAGGUGUAAGGGUAGAGCUAAGAUAAUGCUGUGUUAAUAAUAUCUAUGUCUCAAGUACAUAUGCUGGAAAAGUAUAUAAAAGAGUUUGUAGAAUUACAUAGAAAAAAAAAAUCUAAUUUUGCCAUGGUUGUAGAACAAGCUAUUUAUGGAAAAACAAAGGAAAAACAUUGAUAAAGCUGUGAAACAAAGAAUCUAAAGAUUUUUUUUUUCUUCUUAAAGGGACAUUUUUUUUUUAAUCCAUGUGUAUGAACGAUUCAUAGUUAAAUGUUACAUUUUUUGUUUUUCUUGAAAAAGAAAUUAAAGCUGUUUAAAAUAAUAUUGAAGGUAUAAUUAAGUGCAUGGUGUGUACUUAGGUAUUCAUUGUUCGUUUGCUCUUGCAGCUGUAUUAAUGGCCAGUCACGUGCCCCCACAAAUAUGCCAACAAAAUUGAACAUCUGGUUUCAAAACCUUUUAAUACAUUAUAAUACCCUCUUUUAGAUGCAGCAAAAACUUUCAUGUCCAUUUACUUUUUAUUUUUUGUUUUAUGUAUUAUGUCAAGACCAAAAGACAAAUUUUGACUUUCUUUAAAAUGAGAAUCCAUUAGAUUCUCAAAUUUAUUUUUUUCAUUUGCAGCCCUUUCUGCUAUCUCUUAAUUAGUGCGAAACGCACAAGUGUUUCAUAAUGCACAUGUCAUUUUGUAUCCGUUUAAUUAUUAUUCUGGAAUAAGAGACUGAAGAAGAAAUGCCUUGAGAAACCAUGGCUGCCUUAAAAACAAUGUAAAGUAUAUAUUCACAAAGAAAUAGGAUGGGGGAUUACACUUUAGUUGGAAAAAAUCCCAAUUCCCCAGUAUUUACUUGUUUGUAGGGAUUAAAGCUAUUAAUUGUCUAAUUUAUGGAUUAGUUAAGACCACACUAAAAACACUACAGUAUUUAUUCUUGACUAUAAGGUAAAGUGGAAUAAAUACCCAUUUAUUUUUUCUUUAGAUAUUGCAAUUGAAGAGUAGAAUUUAACAAUUUCCUUAGCAUUUGUAUGUUCACAACACCUUUUAUGUCUAUCAGACAUUUUUUUCCAUUGUACUUUAUAAAACGAUGCAACUGGGGGAAAAAAAUGAAGCAAAAUUGUUUAGUGUUACCUGAAACCUAGAAUAGACUUGUCAGUAGGUAGGAGCAAGAAAAUACACUAAAUACCCAAAAGUAUAUGGACACCCCUACAAAUUGAGUUUAGAUCUUUCAGCCACAUCCAUUGCGAACAGGUGCAUAAAAACAGCACUCCAUGGACAAACAUUGUCAGUAAGAUGGGUCAUUCUAAAGAGCUCAGUGACUUUAAACAUGGCACUGUCAUAAGAUGUUGCCUUUGCUACAAGUCAGUUGUGACAUUUCUGCCUGAUCAACUGUAAGUGCUAAUAUUGUAAAGUGGAAGUGUCUAGGAGCAGCAGCAUGAAACCUGCUGUGCAUAAAAACUCCUAUCUUAUUCAAUCAAUAUAGAGUUCCAAACUUCCUCUGGAAGCAACAUCAGCACAAGAACUGUGCAGCGAGAGCUUUGUGAAAUGGGUUUCUAUGUCUGCACAGUUAUAAUCCUCAUAACAAGCACAAUGCCAAGUGUUGGUUGAAGUGUUGUAAAGCACGGUGCAACUGGACUCGGGAGCAGUGACAAUGCCAGGUGUUGGUUGGAGUGUUGUAAAGCACGUUGCCACUGGACUCAGGAGCAGUGACAAUGCCAGGUGUUGGUUGGAGUGUUGUAAAGCACGGCGCCACUGGACUCAGGAGCAGUGACAAUGCCAGGUGUUGGUUGGCGUGUUGUAAAGCACGGCGCCACUGGACUCAGGAGCAGUGACAAUGCCAGGUGUUGGUUGGAGUGUUGUAAAGCACGGCGCCACUGGACUCAGGAGCAGUGACAAUGCCAGGUGUUGGUUGGAGUGUUGUAAAGCACGGCGCCACUGGACUCGGGAGCAGUGGAAAAAGUUCUCUGGAGAGACAAAUCAGGUAGGCUAGUUUGCUCUCAGAUUUAUUUAGAGCGGGGUUAUUAUCUUUUAGAGUCUUUUAAUGUUUGGAGGUGCAACCUUUGAGACCAUACGAGGUACAUGCACUGUUGUCUAUCUGAUUGUACCCGGUAAGGGUUUAUGGUAAACAGAGCUUUGGGCUCAAUUGCGUUUCCAUUAGCAGGGGAAAGUCAUGUCUGGUGGACAUGUUUCCUUUAUUGGCGGGUGAGAUGCUGAGAAUUGCACGCUUUUUUCCUCUCUCUCUCUGGGAACUAGGACUAGUCCAGUAGCUUGCUAGUGUGGUGCGUGACACGCCUCUCCGUUUCUGUUCUAAGUUUAAACCGAGCGGUGUUCUCACGGCUGAAGAAAUUUUUUUCUUCUCUGUGUGAGUUCGGCAGGGAGCUCUGCCGUCUUUUGCUUGGUGGUGGUGGUGUUGUUACUGAUAGCAGUAAAGGAACCGCUGCAUCUUGAGAGUACGUUUAUGAUCUUUGAUCUUGCAUACUAAAUAGAUAAUUCAAUAAAUCAUGCAUAAGACAUACAUAAUAAUUGUUCAGAUGAUAUUUAUUGUGUCUGGGGUACUGUUUUUUAAAGUGACAUUACAUAAUUAUGUUUAUUUUCUAUUAUGAAAUAGUUUUUAUGUAUUGAGGCACAAUUUCUUUGUUUUCCAAACUAUUCUGUUCCUAGAACGCAUGUUGUACCCUGAAGCAUUUUUGGUUUUGCAUAUGCAAUUCAGUGCUAUAUGAUUCAUUUUUAACUCUUUAAUUAUAAGAUUGAUUGUUGCCCACUGAGCCCAUUGUCUCUAAGGUUUAUGCUGUUUAGGCAACGCCACAGCUUUCUCCUCAAUCGUCCCAAGCCUUUAUGGCAUCACAUGCAAUCUAAUCACUCAAUAUAGAGUUCCAAACUUCCUCUGGAAGCAACAUCAGCACAAGAACUGUGCGGCGAGAACUUUGUGAAAUGGGUUUCCAUGUCUACACAGUUAUAAUCCUCAUUAUCAACAAGCACAAUGCCAAGUGUUGGUUGGAGUGCUGUAAAGCACGGCGCCACUGGACUCAGGAGCAGUUGAAAAAGUUCUCUGGAGAGACAAAUCGCACCUCACUAUUUGGCAGUCUGAAGAAUCUGAGUGUGGUAGAUUCCAGGAGAAUGCUACCUACCAGAAUGCAUAAUCCCUACUGUAAUGUUUAGUGGAGGAGGGAAAAUUGUCUAAGGCUGUUUUUUAUGUUUCCAGUUAAGGGUCAUCUUAAUGUUACAGAAUACAAAGACUUUUUAGAUAAUGGAGUGUUUCCAACUUUGUGGCAACAGCUUGGGGAAGGACAUUUCUUUCCUAAGAUAUGGUGAGUCCACAGCUUCAUCAAUUACUGCUGGGAAUACCACUCCUGGCCAGCAAUUGGAGGCAAAGAGCACCACAGCAAAUCUGUUGUGUAUCACUUCCCUUCCCACAAUCCCCAGUCAUUCUCUUUGCCUUCGGUGCAAGGAGGAGGUGAAGUUUUGGUGUCUGAAGAAAAUUGGAUUGCUUCGCUACAAGCAAAAUUUUAUUCUUUUGAAAGCCAGAGUAGGUUUGCUCUGAUCCUUCCUGUGUUCUGGGUAUAGCUGUAGUCCACAUUAAUCUCUUCAGUAGAGUAGUGGUGGCUUUAAAGCAGUUAGGAACUUGUGAGGUGGGCCUUGCUGCGUUUUCCUAACAUUGUUGCUGCCUUUAGAUAGAAAGCCAGAGUAGGUUUACUCUGUUUUCUUUUUUUUCUACAGGCCUCUGUGAGGAGUGGCAUCCUCUCACAUCGGGUAAGCUGUCCUCCUGCCGGACAGCUAGUUACAGAUAAGUGCCUUUCUAUCUUUUAGUGUGGAGAUAUGGCACUUAAUAUUUUAAGCUAAUUGGCUGCAUCGUUUUGGGACAUAUAUAUCCUUUAUGCAGGAUAUUUUGAAGGGCAGGGAGCAGGCACUGAUUUGUGAUAAGAGACAAGAAUUAUUCUUUUUGCUGUUUAAAAGUUAUUUCCCAUUUUAUUAACUGUGGGCUGUAUGUUGCUUUGUUAAGUUCUGUUUAGACACGGAUUUAACAGGUAGGCUAGUUCGCUCUCAGAUUUAUUUAAAGCGAGGUUGUUAUUAUCUUUGACAAUGUCUUUUAAUGUUUGGAAGUGCAAACUUUGAGACCAUACGAGGUAUAUAUACGCUGGUGUCUAUCUGAUUGUACCCGGUAAGGGUUUAUGGUAAACAGAGUUUUGGGCUCAAUUGCGUUUCCAUUAGCAGGGGAAAGUCAUGUCCGGUAGACAUGUUUCCUUUAUUGCGCAGCUCCUUCUUGGCUGGUGAGAUGCUGAGAAUCAUACGCUUUUGUUCUCUCUGGGAACUAGGACUAGUUCAGUAGCUUGCUAGUGUGGUGCGGGACACGCCUCUGUUUCUGUUCUAAAUUUAAACCGAGUGGUGUUCUCACAGCUGAAGAAAUUUUUUUCUUCUCUGUGAGUUCGGCAGGGAGCUCUGCCGUCUUUUGCUUGGUGGUGGUGUUACUGAUAGCAGUAAAGGAACCGCUUCAUCUUGAGAGUGUUUAUCUUUUAAGAAGAGUGGCAAGUCAAGGAUUCUUUGAUCUUGCAUACUAAAUAGAUCCUUCAAUAAAUCAUGCAUAAGACAUACAUAAUAAUUGUUCAGAUGAUAUUUAUUGUGCCUGGGGUACUGUUUUUUAAAGUGACAGUACAUAAUUAUUUAUUUUCUAUUAUGAAAUGGUUUUAUGUAUUGAGGGAAUUUUUUCGUCCUAUGGUAGAUCUAAAGUGUCUCAACUUUUUUUGACUCGGGGUACCGUCCUUUUAAUGUGGAAACCAGGGGUUUCAUUCUUCCUUUGGUUCAAAAAGGUCAGUUCAUGGUGACCAUAGACCUGGAGGACGUGUAUUUUCAAGUUCCUGAGUUUUGAUUUUAUGUCAAACACUUUCAGCUUGUGACUCUUCCCUUUGGCCUUGACACGGCUCCCAGAGGGGGCUAUCUUGACAAUGAUCAGGUUUCCGGGAAUUGCUGUGGUGCCCUUCCUGGACAGCAUAAUGGUUCAGGCGCCAUUUUUUCAACAAGCAAACUCUCAUGCAGAGAUCUUGUUGUCUUUUCUCAUUCCCAUGGAUGGGAAGUGAAUCUGAAAAUCAGUUCCCUUGUGCCAGCUACAGGGGUAGAUUUCUUAGGGACCAUCUUAGUUUCCCUAUCUCUGAAAAUAUUUUUGUCAGAGAUCAGAAAAUAGAGGAUUCUUUCUUCUUGUUUCUUUCUGUACUCUUCUGUUUGGCCCUUCAGUGGCUCAAGUUAUGGAGGCAAUUGGUCUAAUGGUUGUUACAUUGGACAAUCAUCCUUUUUCUCGAUUCCAUCUGAGAGUCUGCUCAUAUGCAUGUUCAGAUAGUGGACCGGGGAUCUUGUGGCUCUGUGUCAGAGGAUAAAUCUAGAUCUGUCGACAUGAGAUUCUUCCCUGUGGAUCAGAGAGGGGAAUUAGUGGUAGAUCGCUCGCUUAGCUUGUGAGAGGUAGUGGGAUUGUUGCCCGCAUUACCCAGAAUCUUUUGGUUUUCUCAGGAGCAUCUGUCUUAGGGCACAUGCUUCCGGAGACCUUCCUGAGUAAUAGUGACCACGGACACUAGCCUGUUGGUUGGGUGACUAUAGACUUGAGAGGAGUCUGCUCUUCCCAUAACCAUCUUGGAGUUGAGAGCGAUCUACAAUGCUCUGAUGGCUUGGCCUCAGUUGUCUUAACCGGUUUUUCAGGUUCUAGUUGAAAAAUGUCAUCUCAGUAGUUUAUAUUAACCACCUGGGAGGAAUCUGGAGUUCCUUUGCCAUGGUUGGCGUGGAUUGUUCGGUGGGAGGAGGCUCAUGUUCGUUUAUUCACUUUUUACAUUUCAGGCGUAAAUACCGGGAGCGGACUUCUUGAGCAGUCGGAUUUUUCAUCCCGGGAAUGGGCGCUUCUCCCGGAGAUGGGGGGUGCUGGAGUUGGAGAUGGCAGUACGCCAAGCUUCCAAGUUAUGUUAAAAGUCGAGAGAUCGGCAGCUGCUCUGUUUUUCUGAAUCUGUCAUUGGACCAUGAUUCAGGCUCGCAAGCCUAUUACUGGCAAUUUUUACCAUAAGAUAUGGUGUAAAUUCCCUGAUUGGUGUGAAUCUCAGGACUACUCUUUGAAGUAGGGUCAGGAUUCCUAGGGGUUUUGCCCUUUCUCUGGGAAGGUCAGUUUUCCGAAGGGUCAGAUUUCUGCGUUAUCUUUUUUUACACAAGUGUCUGGCGGAUGUGCCAGGCGUGUCAUCUUUUUGUCAGACCCUGGUUAGUAUCAGGCCUGUGUUUAAGUCUGUUGCUUCUCUUGGCAUUUUAACCUUGGUUUUAAGGUCUUGCAGCAGGCUCAGUUUGAGACAUGGCAUUCCAUAGAUUAUUUUUAACUUGGAAGUUUUCUUUUUUGCUAUAUCUUCUGCUCGGAGAGUUUAGGUACUCCUCGGCUUUGCUGUGUGAUUCGCUUUAUCCUAUUUCAGAUAAGGCGGUUAUUUACCCCUAAGUGAAAAUUUUUGUUUGGGAAUUUGUUGUUCCCUCUCUGUGUCCUCAUUCUUAUAUGUUGAGGAACGUGUGUGCACAAUUUGAAUGUUGAGCAUACUUAAUAUUUUUUCUUCUGUUUUCUCUGUAUCAGAAAGCUACUGUUACUUCUCUUUUCUCUGAUUGAGAAGUUUGUUUUUCAGACUGUGGUGCUGCAGUCUCCUGAGAGAGUUAUGGCUCAUUACACAAGGGAUGUCUUAUUGGAUUUUCACAGAUGAAGCUUCUGUGGAUCAGCUUUGCAAGGCUGCAACUUGAUCUUCCUUGCAUACUUUUUCAAAUUUAAUUAUUUUGCUUUGGCUGAGGUUUCUUUUGGGAGAAAGGUUAUUCAAGUGGUGGUGCCUUCUGUUUAGGUCUGCAUGUCUUGUCCCUCCCUAUUCAUCUGUGUCCUCUAGCUUGGGUAUUGAUUCCCAACAGUAAUUGAUAAAGCCGUGGACUCACCAUAUCUUAGGAAAGAAAACAGGAUUUAUGCUUUCCUGAUAAAUCUAUUUCUUUCCAGAUAUGGUGAGUCCAUGGCCCCACCCUUUAUUUUAAGAUAGUGUUUUUUUUUGUUUUUUUUUUACUAAACCUCAGACACCUCUACACCUUGUUACUCAUUUUUUCUCAAUUUCCCUUCGAUCUAAUGUUGGGGAUUGUGGAAAGGGAAGUGAUACUUAACAGCUUUGCUGUGGUGCUCUUUGCCUCCUCCUGCUGACCAGGAAUGGUAUUCACAACAGUAAUUGAUGAAGCCGUGGACUCACCAUAUCUGGAAAGAAAUAGAUUUAUUAGGUAAGCAUAAAUCCUGUUUUCCUGUUCCAGGAUGACACAAAGUAAGGUCCAUGAAGACUUAUUUUGGUGUGGAGGAAUUUGAGUGGCCUGCACAGAGCCACGACCUCAACCCCAAUGAACACCUUUGGAAUGAAUUGGAAUACCGUUUGCAGGCAUUAUAGGGGGGGGGGGGGGCAACUCAAUAGAAAAGGGACACUAAACACCAAAUAAAUUGAAUUAGCCUUUCUCUAAUUAUGGGUGAUGCCAUUAUACAGCAUAGGUUACACUGCAGGUAUCAGAUGGAGAGUUGCUUCACAUGUGCAAUAAUAUUUAAUUGCUUAAAAAGUGAUUUAAAAACAUAUAAUAAAGUGGUACAGAUUUGUGUAUAUUAAAAAGCUUCCACUUUGUGUCACCCCUCAAUGGUUAUAUUAGUAUCUUCUUGCCUCAAGAAAAAGAAACAAAUAAAAUAGGGAAGUACAGUUAGAUUUCAGUAAAAUGUACUCCCAAACGCUGCCAAAAAGCUACACACGUGUUGCAGAGCCUGAACUGGCUCUGGAGAUGACGCACACCCAAUUUAUACUGUUGGGCGACCAGUAUACAUCCAGUCUGACUCCGGGAUUAGUAUGUAAAACGGUAUUUAUUAAGAACAAUGUAAAAAGCCACAAUGUUGAUCCCAACUUUUAGUCACUCUGGUAUAGUUCCACUAUAUGUAUUUAGUGGGCGACGUUAACCAGUAUAGAGGUCGGAUGGAAGCGGAUUAGGUAUUAAUCCUAUUCGUGCUUCGCCUUGUAAAAAAACGGAACCUUUGCAAUAGCUUUCCUGGCGACUUAAAAAGAGGGGCGUGACUGACCUUUUUCUCGUAUGUGUACGACUUUUUAAAGGAGCUAAUGUGCUUCUUCUUGUGCAUGUGCAAACAGGUCAGCACUAGAAUGUAGUGAAGGAUAGAUUUCAGUGACUAGGCAGAGGGAGGCAGAGAAUAACCUCUGUACUAUACUUAUAAAAUGUAUUUUGUGUUUAAACGUCCCUUUAAUGCCCAUGGUUUUGGAAUGGGAUGUCCAACAAGCUCAUGUAGGUGUGAUUGUCUGGUAUCCACAUACUUUUGGUCAAGCAAUGUAAAUUUAAUCUUACCUUUUCCUUUAAGAAUGUUAACAAUAUUCUCAGGACAAUGUUAUGUAUACUGUACGGAUUCUUAAAUUCCGUCUGAUUCCACCCUAUUAUUUGCACUAGAUGAUUUUAUGAAUUACUCAUUACACUGUAUGCUAGUUACAAGCAAACAGAAUAAUUCUGUGAGCCCCAGAGUCCUCAGAAGUAGCAUAGUACUGUACUUUAAAUCUUUAUAUCAGACCUUGUAGCAAAAGUUAUUAAAUCAGUUGUAUGUGUGGUAUAAAAAGGACUGGGGAAAUAGAGAGGGAGUAAAGCUGUUUUUCUUUUAUUGUAUGUAUACACCGUAGUAGAAUAAAAGAAGAAUAUUUAACACUCGUGCAUUAAAAAUAUUAAAAUCACAGACGGGCUGUAUUCCACCCCUCGUACAGGUAAGCACAGUGGCAAAUUGCCAACAACACGUGUGAUAAGUGCCUUUUUUAUUUGUGCGACAACACCUGUUUUUUAUUCUUUCUAAAUUCACUAUAGCACAUGUAUUAAAAGGAUACUAAACCCAUUUUUUUUUCUUUCAUGAUUUAGAUACAGCAUGCUAUUUUAAGCAACUUUCUAAUUUACUUCUAUUAUCAAUUUUCCAUCAUUCUCUUUCUAUCUUUAUCUGAAAAGCAGGAAUGUAAGCUUAGUAGCCGGCCCAUUUUUGGUUUAGCACCUGGGUAGCCCUUGCUGAUUGGUGGCUAAAUGUCGCCAGCAAGCAGUAUCCAAUGUGCUGAACCAAAAAUGGGCUGGCUGCUAAGCUUAAAUUCCUGCUUUUUAAAAUAAAGAUAACAAGACAACAAAGAAAAAUUGAUAAUAGGAGUAAAUUUAGAACGUUGAUAAAAAUUGUAUGCUCUAUCUGAAUCAUGAAAGAAAACAUGUGGGAUUUAGUAUCCCUUUAAUGAAAUUAGAAAACUCAGUUUUAUGUUUAUUUAACCUUCUGGGUAGAACUACAGUAACAAGGUAACUAUUAACCAUGAUAUUGUUUUUCCUCAGGUGCCUCUCUUUAAAGUCAUUUUUUUUCUAUUUUACCUCAUUACAGGUGCAGGUUAGUGAAGCUCUGCAUCUUUACAGUGUACCAUCCUAAAGCUUAAGGAUUCUCGUACCUUGUGACAAAAACAAUGCAUUCCCAGAUCUGUGACAUCCUUUUAAUAACUUGUAAUGUGCACUAAAGUUUAGUUGCACAAUACAGAGUAGGAGCUGUAUACAUUUUGCAUUAAAUGCUUUGCUCCAUAUUAUUUUUAUAUUUGUUAUGUAACUUAAGUUGUGUAAAAAUAAAUAAAUAAUUUAAAGCUCCAUCGUUCUAUUGUGUGAGGUAAAUGAAAGUGCAAGGUCCAUCUGUCAUUGAUCUGUGAAUGUGCACCACUGUCAGAUUGUGCAAGAAUGUUUGUUCCAAGAUGGCCACUUCCAGUAUAAAAAUCCAGAGCUUCACCAACCAUCACCAUCAAUGGGUUAUAAAAUAAGAGAAUUACUUUGAAAAAGAGCUGCAAGCAGAGAAUGAAUGAAAACAGCAUAGUUACACUGCUUCUGUAUUUGUAUCAAACAGUUUAAUGUCCCUUUUUAGAUAGCCAAUGGUGUUAUGUAGGAAAGAUAAACAUCAUUACAAGAUACAGAUAAAAUAAACUUAAUAAAUAUGAUUUCUUCAGUUUUUGUAACUGUAUAAUCUGUUGAUUAUAAGGAUUUUUACAUUAAAGGGACAUUCUCCAGAAUUGUUAUUGUUUAGAAAGAUAGGUAAUCCCUGUAUUACCCAUUCCCCAGUUUUGCAUAACUAACACGGUUAUAUUAAUAUACUUUUUACCUCUGUGAUUACCUUUUAUCUAAGCUUCUGCUGACUGCCCCCUUAUUUCAGUUCUUUUCACAGACUUGCAUUUUAGCCAAUCAGUGCUGACUCAUAAAUAAGUCAACGGGAGUAAGCAUGAUGUUAUCUAUACAGCACAAAUGAAUUAGCGCUGUCUAGGUAUGAAAAACUGUGAACAUGCACUGAGAUAAGAAGAGGCCUUUAAGGGGUUAGAAAUUAACAUAUGGGCCUUCCUAGGUUUAGCUUUCAACAUUGAAUACCAAGAGAAAAAAAAGCAAAUUUGAUGAUAAAAGUAAAUUGAAAAGCUGUUUAAAAUGUCAUGCCCUAUCUGAACCAUACAAGUUUAAUUUUGACUAGACUGUCCCUUUAAAGUUCUUUUCUGAAAGUUCUUGUUUGGCAUUUAUGGUUGAAUUCUCUUGUUAAUCCAAUAAUAGACACAGGGUAAAUAAGAUUUAGAGUUCUGGAUCUGGAAGACAAACAUAAGGUUGGCAAACAUUAAGUAAAUAAGAGGCUCUCAAAGACUGUUAAUGCAUUUCACAGCAAAAAAUGAAACAAACUCAGAAUCUAAACUGUAUGUAUGAGAACAGAAUGAAAGCGCUAAUUUUAUGUGUACAGCUGACUUGGUGGUUUAUUUGACUAAUGCUGAAUACAUAACCUGCUGUUGUAAAAUGGAUUUGUAAUCUGCUUUUUACAAUCUCCCAUAAGUGAUGCUACAUGUUCCUAAAUGUACAGUAUAGAUAGAACUGUAGAAUUAAAGUAUUGAGUAGUCAAUGGGCUAUCUUGUUGAACUUGGAGUUAUUUGGGUAGCAGUAAGAAUAACUGUUUUAAAGCUUGUUAGAUUGACUGAUUUAAGCAUCAAGUGGCAUCUUUGUAGCUGCAUCAGUGAGCUUCCAUAACUGACCAAAAUCACAAUUUUAAUAAAAGUUGUGCUUUUCUUUGUGCA